GUGGAGCGGCCGAGUCCGGGGAGGAGCGCACAGGCGGCGGAGGGGAACGAUGAAACCCUAGGCGGCCCCAGCCCGGGGGACAUUGCGAGGGAAUGGGUCCUGGGGGACCGGGGCGGCGAGCGCAGCAGCCGUGGCGGCCGGGGAGGCCGACACCCGCAGCUUGACAUGUCCCCCUGCCCGGUGCUCAACGCCACGUUGGGGGAGCACCCUCCCUGCCUGGGGGCCAAUGCUUCGGAGUCCCCUGGCCCGGGCCACCCCGUCUCGGUUCAGACAGGGCGCCCGACCACCUCGCCUGCUAUGCCCAUCUUCUCCAUGACACUGGGCACCGUCUCCAACAUGCUGGCCCUGGCCAUCCUGAUCAAGGCCUACGCCCGCCUGCGCCGCCGGUCCAAGGCUACUUUCCUCCUCUUCGCCAGCAGCCUGGUGGCCACGGACUUUGCGGGCCACGUCAUCCCGGGAGCCCUAGUCCUGCGGCUCUACGCCACGGGCCUGGACCCCGCCGGCCCCGCCUGCCAGUUCUUCGGCGCCUGCAUGGUAUUUUUUGGCUUGUGCCCGUUGCUGCUGGGCUGCGGCAUGGCCAUAGAGCGCUGUGUGGGGGUCACCCGGCCCCUUCUUCAUGCCGCCCUCGUUUCGGCCGCCCGGGCCCGCCUGGUGCUACUGGCGCUGGGAGGCACCGCCCUGGGCAUCGCCCUCCUGCCCCUGCUGCACGUUGGGCAUUACGAGCCUCAGUACCCAGACACCUGGUGCUUCAUCCGCCUCUGGGAGCCGGCGGGCUGGGGUGAGCGGGUCCUGCCUGUGCUUUUCUCAGGCCUGGGCCUGUCCUCCCUGCUGGCCGCAUUGGCCUGCAACACGGUCAGCGGGCUGGCCUUGGUGCGGGCGCGACUGCGGCGGAACCGGGGAAGCAGCCGCUGGGGCCGGGGUGGGGUCGGCGGGGGUGGGGGCUCCUCCCCGCCUCAGCGGCGGGCCCGGGCCCACGACGUGGAGAUGGUGGGGCAACUGGUGGGCAUCAUGGUGGUGUCUUGCAUCUGCUGGAGCCCCCUUCUGGUGCUGGUGGUGCUGGCAGUGGCGGGUUGGAGUCGGGUCUCUCUGGAGCGGCCCCUCUUCGUGGCCGUGCGCCUGGCCUCCUGGAACCAGAUUCUCGACCCCUGGGUCUACAUCCUGCUGCGCCAGGCAGUGAUGCGCAAGUUGCUGCACUUGCUGUCGCCCAGGGCCAGAGCCAAGGGAGGUCCCCUCCCCUGCGGGGCCUGGGACAGUUCCCUGCGCGACUCCCGGAACAGCGGGCUCAGCCGCUUCUGAGGAUUGGCCCAGAGGGGCGAGGAGGGCGACGAACCCUGAGAGGGAACUGCCGAACCCCAGGGGCCUCAGUGCCCAAGCCUGGAGCCAAGGGAGAAGCCACCCCUCUUCGCCGCCCCACCUCCAGGCGGGGCGGGGAAGAGAGGAAGAUGGGGCUGGGAACGUCUGCUGAGCAGAGGGCCCAUGUAGAAAUAAAGAGAUUUUCUCAUUUAACCGGG